AUGGUGAGCGAAACCCCCAGCGAGCCGCGAUUCUCGUGCUCCGAGUGCAAGCUGCGCAAGGUCAAAUGCGACCGCACGACGCCUUCUUGUGCGCGAUGCAUCCGGAACGGCGAUGUCUGCCAUUAUCCGACGGUGCGGAGGCGCAACGCCCCUGGCAUGGGCCUGCCGUCGCGGCCCAAGAUCAGCGACCUGGAGAGCCGCCUCGCCGAGCUUGAGGGGAAGCUACGCACCCAAGAUCAUGGGCAAGCAUCGCGGAGCAGCGAGCUCCCCCAGACCCCAGAGUCCUUCGGCGGAGGGUCGAAUUCAUCCUCUUCUAUGGCGUGGACGGGUCGCAUGGAGCAGCUUCCAGCGCGGGAGCAGGUGGAUGAACUGACGGACAUCUACUUUGCAAAAAUACAUUGUACCGCACCCAUCCUCCAUCCUGUGCGGUACCGGGCAUCGCUGUAUCAGCCACCGCACAUGCAGCCGCCAAUGUGCCUGCAGUACACCGUCAUGACCCUCGCGGCCAACGUGUCGUCGGCAUACAUCGCCGAGCCGUUCUACAGACGCGCGCGGAAAUACCUAGAAGCCGACGAGAUGAUGGAUGACGGCUACAAUAUUACGGUGCCUCACAUCCAGGCAUGGAUCCUGCUCAGUCAUUUCGAGGCGCAACAGCUGUGGUUCUCCCGGGCCUCCAUCAGUGUAUCGAGGGCCGUCCGAAUCUUGCAGAUGCUCGGCCUGCAUGCAUUGGACGCGCCGCAUGGCCCGACUCAGCGGACUCUGCUCCCGCCGAGGGAUUGGUGUGAGCUCGAGGAGCGACGACGUACGUUUUGGGCUGGCUUUAUGACAGACCGGGGGACGAGCGCCACUACGGGAUGGCCCGUCCUGAUCAAUGCACACCAGAUCCAGACUCGAUUACCUGCCUCCGAUGAAGAUUACCUUGCUGGUGUAUCUACUGAGCCUGCGCCCCAAUCGUUCCAAGAUGCACUGAGAAACGGCGGUACGGAGAGGUCUUCCUUUGCCUGCCGGAUCAUCGCCAUGCACCUCUUCCAUGAGUGUAUUGAUAGCAACCAUAGCAAUCCCCUGCUUCCGAGCUUCUCAGCUCUAGAUGCUGAGCCGUUUUGGAUGCGGUUCGCGUCCCUGGACCAGGGAAUAGCGACCGCCUUUGCCACGAUGCCAGCCCACCUCUGCUGCCCCGAGAACAUGCACGACAACGAUGCCGUUGUCGUCAACUUGCAGCUGUACACGUCUACGAUAUGCCUGUAUCGCGCAGCGACAUCGCGCGUUAACUUGGCCAGUGAGGAUGGUACGGAUGCACCACCACGACUACCGAUCGACGCAAACGAGAGGGUGCAGAUCGCGGCGCAGCAGAUCACGACGAUUCUGGCCAUGGCCAUGGACAUUCACACGAGGUUCCGCAACCCGUUCACGGCGUUUGCGGCGUUCAUGGCGGCGUUUGUGUUCAUCAAGCGGGAUCACGAGUCGGGCACGCGGUCGAACAUGGACAAGGUGAAUGCGCUGAUGGACAUGAUGGUGACGAUUGGUAGCGAGAACGCCAUGACGGCGUCACUGGCUGUGCAGCUCGCGCACGAGCUGAUGAAGACUGGGCUGGACCCCCUGGCCAUGAACAAGGUCUACGGGCUGAUGAGUAUGAUGGAUCAGCACGUGCCGCUGCUGGGCAAGGAGAGUGAGAAGGACGGCGCGGUGGUCUUCUGCCCGAUGGAAGAGCGGUUUGGGAAGACGACGCAUUGA